AUGCGAUUUUGUAGUCAUCAGCUCGCAGUCGGGCUCGCAGGGCUUUCUGGCUUCUUGGUUGAUGGCCUUACAACUCAACAUCAAGCUGGCAGUAGAUUAGACGAAUGCUCCAAGGCAUGCGAGACAUUGGCAAGGAGAUUUUCUGGCCAGAUCAGCCUGCCCAACUCCACGGUUUAUGACGAGGAGAAGGCACAGUUCUGGUCAGCCCAGCAGUCUGAAACAUCUCCAGCUUGUUUCUUCCGCCCAGCCAGCUCACAGGAUGUUGCAACUGCGGUUUGGACAUCUCGCCGCACCGGAUGUCCCUUUGCAGCCAAAUCAGGCGGCCAUGCUGCGAUGGCCGGUGCAUCAAACAUCGCCAGCGGUAUCACCAUCGACUUUUCCAGCCUCAAGAAUGUUGCCGUGAGUAAAGACCGACGUACGGUCUCCGUAGGGCCAGGUAACACAUGGUUUGACGUCUAUACACGACUUCAAAAGGAGGAUUUGGUAGUCAUCGGUGGAAGAGUCGCUGACAUUGGCGUCGGUGGCUUGACUCUGGGAGGUGGCAUCUCGUUCUUCAGCAACAUGUAUGGAUGGGCGUUGGACAAUGUUCGAAGCUUCGAGGUUGUCAUCGCUUCAGGCGAUAUUGUUCGUGCCAGUUCUCACCACCAUGCGGACCUAUACUGGGCACUUCGAGGUGGCGGUAAUAAUUUCGGACUGGUCACUGAAUUCGAGCUCUUCACGCAUCCACUGAAAGGAGGCGAGAUGUGGGGAGGAAAUCUCAUUCACCCCGGAGCGCAGAAUAGAAGUGUGCUCCAGCAUUUGGCCGACUACACCCACCAAGGCGCCGAACAGGACCCCAAGUCUGCGCUCAUAGUGAAUGUGAUAUAUGACCAGCAGCAUGAUCAGUACGCCUGCGUGACGCAAGUUGAAUAUGCAGAGUCCCUUAAGAACAACGCUACGCAUCCUGCCGUAUUCGACGGCUUCUUUGCUGAGCCAAAUCGGCUGCUGGAUACAGUGAAGUCUUCGACCCUGUCCCAAAUUACAAUGGACUUCAAUGAUGCCAACCCCAAUGGCCUGCGAGAGAGCUACUGGGCUGCUACCAUAGAGGUCAACGCAGAGCUCUUGUCUGAACUGCUGGACUACUGGGUUGAGGCUAUCAGUCCGAUCCAGAAGAAAGUCAAGGGAUAUUUACCGGUAUAUUCGCUGGAACCCAUUGGAAAACCCAUGCUUAAGCCGAUGGCUGAGCGCGGCGGUAAUGCGCUUGGUCUAAACGCAGAAAAGCCACUUAUUAUAAUGAAUCCGAGUGCUAGGUGGGAGAACGCAGAAGAUGAUGAGAUUGUCAUCGAUGCGUAUGUUGGUUGGCUUAAGAAGGCGAAGGCGAAGGCAACGGAGCGAGGGCUCUGGAAUGAUUUUGUUUACAUGAACUAUGCGAGCGUCAAGCAGGAUCCUAUUCAGAGUUAUGGAAGUGCCAAUAUUGAAAGGCUUGAAAGCGUGGCAAAGAAGUAUGAUCCUGAAGGCGUCUUCCAACGCCUGCAGCCUGGAUACUUCAAGCUCUAG